AUGGCUAACAACCCCUCUACGUUGGCCGAAGCCUGCCAUGAAAACCAGAAGGCACCAACCACCCAUUUAAUUACACUUCUCGAUCAAGUCGCCGACCAAUUCCCAGAUCAUGAUGCCAUCAUAUCCCUCCAUCAGACCAGCCUGCGCUGGACCUUUGCUCAACUGCAGGAGAAGAGCAUCCAACUGGCCGCCCGUUUAUCGUCCAGAGGUGUUGGACAUGGAAGUCGGAUGAUAACCCUUAUGCAUAACCAAGCCCAGUGGGCACUGCUUUUUUGGGCAUCUGCCCGCCUGGGCUGUCAAUUUGUGCCACUGGAUUUCCGGGUGCUCGAUCGCGACGCACGGGACGUUUUGUUUCUCCUCGACCAGCUGGAACCAGCAGCAAUAUUUGUAUCAAACCAGACCAUGGCGAAUCGGAUUAACAAUAUCACAGUCGAUCAUGACCAUCGCCCCUUCGUUCAGUGCGUUGUCAGCGACAAUGAAGAGACUGCUAUACCGGCCAGGUGGACGACGCUGUCCAACAUCAUGUCAGAGCCUUUAUUAGAUAAUCCUCCUUUGCAUCAGCCCGAGAACCCAGAUGAUACAAUACUUAUCCUGUUCACGAGUGGCACCACCGCACUUCCCAAAGGCUGUCCGCACACGACCAUCUCCAUCGGUGCUCAAGGGCUGGGGUUUAUGUACAGGUUGGAACUGGGACCUGGCGCAAAUCUUUGCCAGCAUUUACCCAAUUUUCAUGUCUUCAAUAUUGCGUUCACUCUUGCGUUCUGGCUCGCGGGUGCGACUGUCAUCUUCCCAAACUUUUCUUUCGACCCACAAAGCACCUUGCAGCUGAUCAGAUCCUAUCAACGGGUCACAACCCCCUGUGUCCCGGCCAUGAUACAUGCUUUACUGAACUGUGCGUUGCCUCAGCACGGCUCCCAUCCUUCGUUUGAAGUUAUUCUAGGUGGUGCUCCAGUGACAUUGGACGUAGUAAAGUGCUGUAGGGAUUUGGGGGCGACAAGGGUUAUGGCAGGAUAUGGCAUGACUGAGGGUAUACCGUUUGUCAAUACCUCUCUCGAAGAAAUGUCCAUGGGCCUGACUACAAGGGAUGUGUCUGUUGGGAAGGUAUUCUACGGUGGGCGAGUCCGGAUCUGUGCUGAGGAAAGCCGUAUCCCCAUUCACAAAGAGGAGGUCGGUGAGGUGCACAUCGGUGGUCUUCCAGUGUUCGGGGGCUAUCUUGUGGGGAGCAAUAACUCAUGUUAUCAUGAGGAUGGAGUGAACUGGAUAGCUACAGGAGACCAGGGGUAUAUGGAUAUUGAGGGCUAUGUUUAUAUACUCGGCAGGUAUAAAGAUAUUAUUAUUCGCGGUGGCGAGAACAUAUCCCCAUUGAAAAUAGAACAGUGUUUGGGCGAGGUAAAUGGAAUAAGGGUGAGUCAGCCGAACCUAGUUUGUUAUCGAACGCGGUCUUGA